AUGGGUUCACCUGAACACACAAGGAGUUCAGCAAAACAGGAUGUAGACGAGGAUGUGGAGGUGAACAUUGAUAGUGUCAGGGAGGACGAUGAGUGGGAUGGUGAUGAUAAAAGAAAGCACCGGCCUCAUGGUCGUUCUGGUGGUAGAAAAGAUGGAAGCAGGACUGAAGCUGUGAAAACCUCAUCAAAGUAUGGGAUAUCAAAUGAUAACUAUGAUGUUAUUGAGAUUCAGACCAAGCCGUUUGAUUAUGGAAGAGGGGAGUCUGAGUCCGUGUUUGUGAAAAGCAAUGAGGUUGUUCUGCUAGCUGACACUAAAUUGGCCCCAAGUGCUGAAGUGUUUGAUUAUUCAAGGUCGGAAAUGUCAAGAAAUGCACCUGGAUCUGGAUCCUCUGGUGAAGGUUCAAAAGAAAAAUUCAUGGAUGGUGGUGUUACAAUGCCAGAUUCAUGGAGAGACGACACUGGUUAUCAGGCAGAAAAUUCUAGAGUCCAGAGAGGUGUUGGGUCGAAUCACGGUGCAUCAGGCCAAAGUUCUAGCAGUGGCUCACAACUCCCACUUGGAAAUCUGGAGCCUGGUUCCUUCAGUAGAGGUGCUUUUCAAGGUGUCAGGGGAAGUAGAGUUGGGAGAGGGGGAAGGGGUAGGCCUCCGGGGAGAGAGAAUCAACAGGCUGGUAUUCCAAUGCCCUUGAUUGGAUCACCAUUUGGACCACUGGGAAUGCCACUGCCUGGACCUAUGCAAUCUCUAACUCCUAACAUGUCCCCUGCUCCGGUUCCUCCAAUUUCCCCAGGAAUAUUUAUUCCACCAUUUCAACCUCCUGUUGUUUGGCCUGGAGCUCGAGGUGUUGAGAUGAAUAUGCUUGCUGUUCCAUCUGGUCUCCCACAUGUUCCUCAUGGGCCCUCGGGACCUAGACUUCCCCCUAAUAUCGGAAAUCCACCAAAUCCUGCUUUGUUUUUCAAUCCAUCAGGACCUGGAAGGGGAACGAGUCCUAACAUGUGUGGCCCAAAUUUUAAUGCUAAUGCUCCAGUAGUUCGUGGGCAACCUCAAGACAGAGCCCUUGGAGGCUGGGUUCCUUCUAGAUCUAAUGGACCCCUUGGCAAAGCUCCUUCUAGAGGAGAGCAGAACGAUUACUCUCAAAACUUUGUUGACACUGGUAUGCGUCCCCAGAAUUUUAUAAGGGAACUAGAGCUCACUAGUGUUGUGGAGGACUAUCCAAAGCUUCGGGAGCUUAUACAGAAAAAGGAUGAAAUUGUUGCCAAAUCUUCUUCUCCUCCUGUGUACUUUAAGUGUGAUCUGCGGGAGCAGGUGCUUUCUCCAGAAUUCUUUGCGACCAAGUUUGAUGUCAUUCUCAUUGACCCACCUUGGGAGGAAUACGUUCAUCGAGCUCCUGGUGUGACUGAUCAUAUGGAGUACUGGACAUUUGAAGAAAUUAUGAAUCUCAAGAUUGAGUCAAUUGCAGACACUCCGUCUUUCAUCUUCCUUUGGGUUGGUGAUGGUGUUGGGCUAGAGCAAGGCCGACAAUGUCUAAAGAAGUGGGGAUUUCGCAGAUGUGAAGAUAUAUGUUGGGUGAAGACAAAUAAAACAAAUGCAACCCCGGGAUUGCGUCAUGAUUCUCAUACUCUAUUUCAGCGUUCAAAGGAACACUGCUUGAUGGGAAUAAAAGGAACAGUACGUCGCAGUACUGAUGGUCACAUAAUCCAUGCCAACAUUGACACUGAUGUAAUAAUUGCUGAGGAGCCUCCUUAUGGAUCAACUGCAAAGCCUGAAGAUAUGUAUAGGAUAAUUGAACAUUUUGCUCUUGGACGGAGAAGGCUUGAACUUUUCGGUGAAGAUCAUAACAUUCGUUCUGGCUGGUUGACAGUUGGUAAAGGAUUAUCUUCCUCAAAUUUUAAUUCUGAGGCAUAUAUUAGGCGUUUCAUGGAUAAGGACGGAAAAGUUUGGCAAGGAGGGGGAGGAAGAAAUCCACCACAAGAGGCACCACACCUUGUCCUGACUACUCCCGAAAUAGAAGCUCUUCGUCCAAAGUCACCCAUGAAGAACCAGCAGCAAAUGCAACAGCAGCAGUCGGCAUCUAUAACACUGACAACAGCAAAUUCCAGCAACAAAAGGACUUCAGGAAAUUCCCCACAAAAUCAUAAUGCACCAAAUCUAAAUCAAGAGGCCUCGAGUUCUAAUGUCUCGACUCCAGGUCCCUGGGCUUCACCAAUGCAAAGCUUAAAAGGAAGAGAGAGUGGCUAUAUGGGUUCUGAUGAUAGGGUUUUCGAUGGAUACGGUUAUAAUGCACCAUCAUUUGGUCCGGCUAAUGGAGACUUUUCGGAUUAUGACACUCAGAGAGGAAUGAAUAUGUUGUAG